CCAUUUUGUUUGUAUUCUGUCUUAGACAACCUACUUUCAAUUUUGAACUAAAAUUGCUUGAAUUCUGUUUUGACGAUGAACGAUAAACAUAUUUGUUUCACAAUAUCUAGCUUACUACUAUUUAAUUAUGUGUUCAGCAAGUCUUCCGAAAACUCCUUCGAUCAGUUAUAUAAGCCCAAAUAUUGACAAGGACGUCAAGAAAACUGUACUGCUGUUAUGCGAAGUCGAAAAUCUAGGUGACCACGUCGUACUGUGGAAUAAAGUUGACAAAAACCAGGACUCUCAAGACUUACUCAUCUCUAACGGAAGCUCUCUAAUAUCAUCCGAUCCAAGAUUUUCUCUGAGGCAUGAACCUGAUAGGUCACUAUAUGGAGUCAAGAUUGAAGACAUCCGCGAAUCAGAUGCAGGAUAUUAUCAAUGCCAAAUAUUGUUACCAAACAGCACGGUGCAGGCAGAAGUUGAGCUACGCGUUCGAGUACCUCCUACCAUAUUGAGGAAUACCACUAGGUCCAUUUCAACUUCGGAAGGACAAGAUGUGCAGUUGCAUUGCUAUGCUGAGGGAUAUCCAUCUCCAAAUAUAUUUUGGAGACGUGAAAAUAACGUUAUUCUACCUACUGGAGGAUCUACCUAUCAAGGAAACAUUUUGGAAAUCAAGCAGAUUCGCAAGGAAGAUCGUGGAACCUACUUCUGUGUUGCCGAAAAUGGAUUAGGGAAAACAAUACGUAAAAUUGAUCUACAAGUACUAUGCGCUCCUGUCAUCACAGUGGCCAAUCCUCGUGUGGGCCAAGCACUAAACUUCGACAAGGAUUUAGAAUGCAACGUGGAAGCAUACCCGCCGCCUGUGAUAACAUGGAAGAAAGAUAACACAACACUUCACACCGACCAACAUCGCAAAAUUUCUCACUUUAGUCUCUCAGACGAAUUUACUAACACUAUGCUCAGAGUGAUAUCUAUAGAAAAGGAACAUUAUGGGCAGUACGUUUGUAGGGCAGCUAACAAACUAGGGAUUGCAGAAGCUACAAUCGAGCUCUUUGAAACGGACCAUCCCACCUGCCCACCAGAAUGUGUAACGACAACCACGGGCUCAAACCUCAUCCAAACAAAUACUAGUGCUGCUUCCUAAUUAAUAGCUGACAUAUUGUGUAUAUCCAUAACAGAGCCAAAUAUGAGGCCACAGUGUUUGUUGAGAAAGGUCUUUUCCGAAGUGCACAAAUUGAAGAAUGGAUUUAUAUAUGGGAAAAUAUACAAUAAUUUUUACUAAAUUUUCUAUGAUAACUCUGUUGUAUUCUCAGAAAUAAAUCUUUCUCAGCAUGAA